AUGCUGGAUCCUGUGGACGAGACCUUCUUCGAGUUCGUGGAAGCUUGCUUGAACCACGUCCAGACUCCAGUCCUGCAGAGGAAAUUCGCUGCGCUGGGAGGAAUCGAUCUGCUCGUCCGGCUCUGCGCCAUGUCCAUGAACGAUGACGUGAUCGUCAAGGCGUGCAGAGCUAUCGCCAUGCUGCUGCGGGUGGAGGGGAGCAUCCCCGACACUGUUCCUCACAGCCCCUCCACCAUCGCGACCGCGAGCUCGAAGCCUCUUGCGGUGGUGAACGCUCUCAAGAUCAGGGCGGCAGGAGGAGUCGCGGCGCUUCUUGCGCAGAUGAGAAGAUCUCGCAACGAGCUCGUGCUGCAGGAGUGCUCUUCGGCUAUGAAGCAUCUCAUCAAGGUGUACGAGGCCAGCAAAGAGCUGCCGGACUGGUCAGACGCGAGGUUGUUUCGAGAAGGAGACGACGCUUUCUCAGUGCUUGUCAGUCUCUUCAGAAGGUGGGAGGAGCUUGUUGGUACUCGUGUGGGGGAAGGAGAUAGAGAGAGAGAGAAGUCGAGGAAAGCAGACGAAGUGGAAGGGUCAAGGAGCAUUUUUGUUCAUGCAGAGAUGGCGGAGGCAAUUCAUUACAUCGCCCUCAACGAUGAAUGCAAGCCUGCGCUUGGAUCGGCGGGAGCCAUCUGUGUUCUCACGCAGCAGGUCCAAGAGAGCUCAGAAGCAGCAGUGCAGAUCUGGUCCUGCAACGCCCUGUGCGUGCUGGUGAUGUCGGAGGAGAACAGGAGGAGGUUCACGCAGGAGGAAGGCGCGACGGCAAUUGUCUCCAUCCUCAGUCAAGCUCUCGCCUCCUCCUCCUUCGGCGUCAUGUCGAGCGCAGCCCACGUGCUGUCCAACUACAUGGCGGGGGAGGGGAAGGAGAUACACGACUACCAGGUGCGGGUCGGGCAAGCAGGAGGGUGCGAAGUGCUGCUGCGAUGCUGCGAGCGGGCGGCGGUGGUGGGAAAGAUCGAGGAGGAGGCGCUGGAGCAGUGCUGUGGUGCCCUCUGCAGCCUCUCCUUCGAGAACGAUGGGCACAGGGUGAAGCUCGGGGACCUCGGGGCGUGCGAGACUUUCGCGCGCAUCUGUCAGAUCUGCGACGUCUCCGUCGUCUCCCACCACAGGAUCCUGGAGCAGGCGUGUGCGGGGAUAGGGAACUUCUGCAAGAGGAACAGGAUGAAUAGGAUGAGGAUGGGAGGGUGUAUGGGGCCCGAGACUCUCGUCUCCGUGCUCACCCGCACGCUCGUGCUAGGGCAGGAAGCAGACGCAGUGGCGCUGCAGGCGCUGCGGGCUGUGAGCAACGUGGUGAUGAGAAAUGAGGAGAAUCAGGAAAGGUUUGCAGAUGCUGGUGGGUGUAGACAACUUGUGCAGUAUUGCUUUGCAACGAGACAUGAUGGGAUCCUGAGGUGGGUCCUGGUGGCCCUGGGAGCGCUGGCACAGCACGAGCUCAUUCGCUACAAACUCGUCAAUGAAGGAGCCAUGGCUGCAGUCUCAGGAGCAGAGCGAUCGUGCUCUACAGCAGAGACGAAGGAGGCGGCGAAGAGGGUUGUGGCGUUGCUUCCGCCUCCUGCUCCUGUUGGGCUUCAGGUGAGAGGAUCGAUUAUCUUGAAGGACGAGGACGAAGAAGUCUUUGUACAGUGCCGCGAUGGAUGUUGGGUCAAAGGCAACAAAGUUGUCAUCAAGAAUGCUGCGGAUUGUUUCACAUCACUCUCUUCGAGAUUCGUGCAGAGCCUUCACUUUGAGAUCAACGACCUCAACCACUCAGAAGGAGACGGCACGGACCGCAGGCGAUCUCCUGCUGGCCUCCACAGGAUACGGCUCAAGGUGCGGGAUCGGGAGAUAAGCAUCGAUGCCGCCCUAGAUGGCAAGCAUGCGGAGGACAUCGUGAUAGGCCCUGCGCUGCUUGCAAAGCUCAAGAUUUUUGGCUUCGAGCACAUGGUCAACGAGCUGGUGGUUCUGUAA